GUCCCCCUUAUAGCAGAAUUGCCAGAGGUUGGCACAAAUUUGUUUUGCGGGACAUGUCAUUAGCCUUUCGAUGUUAUUUACAAGGAAGAGAAAUCUUAUUUUGCAGUAGAGUCAUGCUUAUUUGAAAACUUGUGUUUACGAACUUAAAACUCUUAUACAAAAAAUCCAACAUAAAUCACCACUUGUUCUGAACUAUUUAACGAAACAUUUAAAGAGAUUAUAGAACAAUAACUUGUAGUCGGUUUUGAAGAAGUGUCAGGGCGAUUGAACUGAGUAGACACACGAAAUCAGCUGACAGGGCACUCAGGCAAAUCAUUUUAUAUAGAUUGACUAUUCUCUGCGUUGCAAAGCACAGCUUAGCAUUGGAUUAAUUAAGUCGUUGUGAUGGCUGCUCCAGACUUCGGGCUCGAAGCUCUCUACAAACUCCAGCCGAUCGAGUCAACAAAGAAUGCCCUUUGUUUACUCGUACACUUUGUACUGACCAAACAUGGCUGGCGCUAUGUAGGCCGAGGAACCGAGUGGAAGGAAAAUGAAACAGGCAGCGAAAGUCUCCCUGCGGGCUGGCAGGCUAGCGACGAACAGUAUCGGUACGUGUCGCGAACCGAACCACGAAAAAAGGUUAUCAUUAAGUAUGUCGAACACGACGUGUUCCUUCUUGUAAACAUGGUAAAUGUUGAAGAUCAGGUUGCCAUGGCAAUGAAUAUUAAUACAUCGACUGAAGUUGACUCGACGCAGCUUGCAUCAAACAAUCCGCGGCUCGUUUUUCCUAAACUACUUAGUCUUCUGUCAGAGGUCUUCGACAAGUUGGUAAAGCCGUGUCAAGUCAUCAGCAGGACUGUCGGCACUUCGACGGCACCCGCGACGUCAGUUGAUAACCUAUUCAAACCCGAUCCGUCUCGCAAUCAAGGCCCCAGUUUUGAUCCUCCUCGACAGCCAGCACCAAAUCCACUGUCCCGUGGUGAAAUCCCGUUGGGCCGGCGCGACCUUGAUCCAUUUCUGGGUCAGGGCCCAGGAGGAGGCAUGAUAAUCGACCCUCUGCGAAAUUUGCGCAGUGACAGAUUUCCUGGUCCUGAGCCUCUUGGCCCUGAUGGAAUACCGUUGCCAAGGGGAGCAGUCCCACCUGGCGCGAGGUUUGAACCUUUCUUCCCGGAAGGGGCAGUCAGUCCCGAUCUCGGCAAUCGCCCCAGUCUUGAUCCUUUCCAUCCCAGUACUAGGUUCAGACCACCAUAUGGACCUCCCGACGGAGGUUCAGGGAGUGGAGCCGACUUCAUGUAGUUACUAAGGACUGUAAAAG